GGUAUUGAUUUUAAAAUUAGAACUAUAGAGCUAGAUGGCAAAAGAAUUAAACUACAGAUAUGGGCAUUAUGUUAGUCUAUGACAUCACCAAUGAAAAAUCUUUUGAAAAUAUUCGGAACUGGGUCAGGAAUAUUGAAGAGCACGCCUCUCCAGAUGUUGAAAAAAUGAUCCUUGGGAACAAAUGUGAUGCAAAUGACAAACGACAAGUUUCUCGAGAGCAGGGGGAGAAGCUUGCUGCAAGUUUUGGAAUUAAAUUUAUGGAGACGAGCGCAAAAGCAAAUAUAAACAUAGAGAAUGCGUUUUUCACUCUUGCAAGAGAUAUCAAAGCAAAAAUGGACAAGAAGUUGGAAGGCAAUAGCCCACAAGGCAGCAACCAGGGAGUCAAAAUCACACCAGACCAGCAAAAGAAAAGCAGCUUUUUCCGAUGUGUUCUUCUGUGAGGGACACGGCCUUAAUCUGAGCGUCUGCUCAACCGAGCUGGACUGUGCCUGUUCUGAGUGAGAUUUCCUCUGUCUGUGGACUUAGCAUUUUCACCUUGUCACUUUGUGACCAUCUGAAUAAGAAAUUGUUUAUUUUGGUAAUUGUCUGACUCUUCAAUUUUGGAGAUGAAACAAGUUUAUUUUUGUCAGAUUGCCACUGGGCACGUGUAUUGUCUAGCAGAGGGGGUACAGAUCAAAUGUGACCUGUGAUAGAGCGCCUUUGCUGACAGGCUUCGAUCUUUUUGUUUGUAUCUGUAAUGUAUCCAAAUUGGAAAGAUUGAGUUAUGAUCGAAAUAAGAAACUGAAAUGCCAACAUUAAUAAAGUACAGGUAUGUGUACAUGAUACAUGUGCAUACCCAUGUCUAUAGAAGCCUAUAGAACAAUCGCAUCAAAACAUCAAAUAAAUGCACUUACAUAAGCAGGACA